AUGUCAGCUCUAGAAUACUAUGAAAUGUUCGGAACAUGUGGGAAGUCUUCAUGGAAAAAUGUUCACAAAUGUAAAUUAUGCCCCCAUUUUACAACUGUCCCUACCCUUAUGAUCAACCACGUGAGACGACACCGUUUUCCCGUGGAACAAUUUACUUGCGACAACGCCAAAAUUGAAGCUUGUUAUUGUAAAGAUUGCGAUUUUAAAACGGAACUAACAGUUUUGUUCAAAGAACAUAUUAAUAAAUAUCAUGGGCUUAAGAGAGAAACUAGAGACGAUUUAUUAAGUGAGGACCUCUACAUACAAAAUUACGUCUGCGAAAAAUGCGACUUUGAAACAAAUCUCUCGUUGAAGUGGCUUCAGCAUACGUUAACAUGCACGAGAAAUAAAGAAAAUCAUCAAAGUGUGACUUCUUCGUCACAGAAUGACACAUACAGUUUCGAUUUCAAGCGAACUGACGAAACAAGUUGGUAUUACUGUGUGCAAUGUUCCUACAAAGCUAAACUCAAAGAUGAACAUGAUGUUGAAUGGCACAAGUGCAACAAGUGUGGAUUCAAGGCCAAAGCAAAAAGUAAUUUAACGAGCCAUGUAAAAAGACGUCACUUGAACGAUGAAGACGUUAGAUGGUAUAAAUGCAAUGAGUGUCUUUUUAAAACUAAAGCUAAAAGUGAUCUAAAGAAACACGCAAUUAGAAAACAUCUAGACGAAGAAAAAAUUAACUGGCACGAAUGUGAACAAUGCCCAUUUAAAAAGAGACACGCAGAUUCAAAACAUCUAGACCAAGAAAAAAUUAACUGGCACGGAUGUGAAAAAUGCUCAUAUAAAACUAAAUAUGCGUCGGAUUUAAAAAGGCAUACGAUUUUGAGACAUUCGGAUGAAGAAAACUUUAAGUGGUAUCAAUGUGUUCAUUCAUUUAAGACGAAAUUCAAUCCUACAUUAAAGUGCCAUAUAAAUAGCCGCCAUUUGGAUGAAACUGAAGCUAAAUGGUACAAAUGCGACCACUGCCCUUACAAAAGAUCUAAAUAUCUUGGGUCUCCCGAGGAACACAGAGAGUGGAUGGGCCUUGUUGACGGGUUGCCUUAG